GGCACUACGUUUUGUGACAACAAAGCAACAUUUGCAACAAUUGCGCACACGCCUGUUUGGACUCAAAGAAGUUUAGAAUUAAAGGAUUUAUAAAAAAAUAUUUACAAAAAACAGCGAUAUUUCAGCCCCAUCAGCGCCCUUGGCCAGCAGUUGCAGACACCUUCAGACAGAGCGGAAGCGCACGAAACCCCUCGCCAUGGCCCUGUACGAGACCGUCGAGAAGGGCGCCAAGAACUCGCCCAGCUACAGCCUGUACUUCAAAAACAAGUGCGGCAAUGUCAUCUCGCCGAUGCACGACAUUCCACUGUACGCCAACGAGGAGAAGACCGUCUACAACAUGGUCGUGGAGGUGCCACGUUGGACCAACGCCAAGAUGGAGAUUAGCCUCAAGACCCCGCUGAACCCCAUCAAGCAGGACAUCAAGAAGGGCAAGCUGCGCUUCGUGGCCAACUGCUUCCCACACAAGGGCUAUAUCUGGAACUACGGAGCCCUGCCCCAGACCUGGGAGAACCCCGACCACAUUGAGCCCUCCACCGGCUGCAAGGGCGACAACGAUCCCAUCGAUGUCAUCGAGAUCGGCUACCGUGUGGCCAAGCGCGGCGAUGUCCUAAAGGUCAAGGUGCUGGGCACCAUUGCCCUGAUUGACGAGGGCGAGACCGACUGGAAGAUCAUCGCCAUCGAUGUGAACGAUCCGCUGGCCUCCAAGGUCAACGACAUCGCCGAUGUGGACCAGUACUUCCCGGGCCUGCUGCGUGCCACCGUUGAGUGGUUCAAGAUCUACAAGAUCCCCGAUGGCAAGCCGGAGAAUCAGUUCGCCUUCAACGGCGACGCCAAGAACGCGGACUUUGCCACCACCAUCAUUGCCGAGACCCACAAGUUCUGGCAAAACUUGGUGAACCAGAGCGGCGUCUCCAGCACCAUCUCCACCACCAACAUCACCAACCGCAACUCGGAGCACGUCAUUGCCAAGGAGGAGGCCGAGAAGCUGCUGUCCGAGGCCCCCGAGGGCGGCCAGGUGGAGGAGGUGUCCGACACAGUCGACACUUGGCAUUUCAUCCAUCUCAAGUGAGAUGGCCCCUGGGAUGAGUCCAGCACAAGAUCCUCGAUCUUAUCGUAGCCUAAUCGAAUCGGAAAUGCUUGCACUUGUGAAUUACUGAUAUUGGAAUUUAUAGAACGUUGAAUAAAGUUUUGCACCGCAAUCAAA